AUGAGUCAGCAACGCCGUCAAGAAAUCACGGGAAAGCGAGCGGCCCAGGAGGCGACGGAAGCGGAAAAAAACAAGGCAUCCCAGGCCACUACCGCCUCCGAUGAUGCCAGCGACACAGCCGCUGAGAACUCAAACGGCAUCGUGAAUGAUAGCUUUAAAAAAGAUUCUGAUGCUCAGAAGGCUCUAGAGCAAGUCGAAAUGGAGUAUGUCCCGGAGAAGGCUGAAUUGGAUGAUGACUUGAAUGAGGAAUUCAGGAAGGUCUUCGAGAAAUUCAGUUUUAGUGAAGGUGCUGCUGAGGAGAAUGAUAAAAAGGAUGAGACUUCACCUGAUACAGCCUCAAAGAAGAAGGCUGACUCAGAUUCAGAAGAGGAAGAGCAGGAUACUCAACAAAAGGAGAAGGGCGUCUCUAAUAAACAGAAAAAGUGGCAGUGCCAAGGCACUGGUGUCAGAAAAGGAAAUUUUUGCAGGUUGAUUUGCUUAGAGGUCAGAAAUCAGACACAGUUGAUGUCACAUUGGCACCAGAAGAGUUGGAACUUAAGGACUGUUUUACCGGCCAAAUACGAGGAAGCAAGAGAAGAAGAGAAGGUACGUAGUCAGAAGGAGGACUUCAGCGACAUGGUUGCCGAGAACGUGAAUAAAAAGGAAACGGAAGGUGCUGGAAAUAGUGGGCAAGUCAAAGAAGAAAGAUUUCAUGUCUUAGGUGCUUUUGGAUAUUAUGCAAAUUUUGGAGAUGCCAACUGGAGGAUGCUUGCGAGUAGUGCUUCCCAUUCCAGUCUGAGAUAA